CGCAACCGUUUCUCUGCUGAAGGGAGCCGUAUAGCGCGAUCAUGUCACGGCGCAGAGCUCAGUGCGGAUGAACCACGCUGUUUCAGGCUCACCUUUUAAUACCCCUUGUCUUCACUAUGAAAUCUGACUUCUAAAAUCGUCUCAUAAAUAUUCAGUCUUGUUACCGCUCCAGAGGAACAAUGCCAGAGCAAAGCAACGACUACAGGGUGGUGGUGUUUGGCGCUGGGGGAGUCGGUAAGAGCUCCUUGGUCAUCCGCUUUGUGAAGGGGACCUUUCUGGAAAGCUACAUCCCCACCAUUGAAGACACCUACAGGCAGGUGAUCAGCUGCGACAAGAGCAUCUGCACCCUGCAGAUCACCGACACCACCGGCAGUCACCAGUUCCCCGCCAUGCAGCGCCUCUCCAUCUCCAAGGGUCACGCCUUCAUCCUGGUCUACUCCAUCACCAGCCGACAGUCGCUGGAGGAGCUCAAGCCCAUUUUCGAGCAGAUCUGCCAGAUCAAGGGCGACGUGGAGAACAUUCCUAUCAUGCUAGUGGGCAAUAAGUGUGAUGAAUCCCAGAACCGGGAGGUGGAGAUGAGUGAUGGAGAGGCCAUGUCCAAGAAGUGGAAGUGUGCUUUCAUGGAGACGUCGGCCAAGACCAACCACAACGUCAAGGAGCUCUUCCAGGAGCUGCUGAACCUGGAGAAGCGGCGCUCCGUCAGUCUGCAGAUCGACGGCAAGAAGAGCAAGCAGAGGCAGCAGGCGGAGAAGCUGAAGAGCAAGUGUGUGCUGAUGUGAAGGGACCGUGGUCAGAGCUCUGGAGACGUCGCUCAUCCACACCAUGGAAGGUCGACGCAAAAUGCCAACAUCAGGACCGCAGAGGACGUCCUUCAAUGGAAGGUGAAAGGCAGUCAAGCAAAACAAAAAUCCAGAUACCAAAACACUGAGAGGCUUCUGAAUGACAACUCCAUGCUCGUUUGCACUAGAAAGAAAAUCCCAUCCUCCGUGUUCCACACACCCUUCCCAGCACUUCCAGGGAGAUGUUUGCAGUAUGUGUGAAUAGCGAAUCAGAAUGAAGAAUGAACAGCAUGCUCGUGAUUCCUAGUCAGUCCCCGUGGGCUGUGCAGUCCUUCUGAAAUAAGGGCGAUAUUCGUGCAGCUGCGGAAAAAACAUUUCAUUUGGACUGAAGUUUAAUUUUAACACAUGUGCAUAGUCCAGUCCUUGGGAAGAAUUUUAAAAUGAGUUUAAUGGGGAUCCAGUAAACCUUUAAUUUCAUGGCACUUUAGACAAGUACGUUCCUCUAUUACUCCUUAUGCCUGACAAUAGUGCCAGAUUUUCAAAAUACCACAGUAUAAUAUAACUCUUUACCAAUUCAUAUGAAAUCCUUAUAUACACCUUGUUUAGCUCACAUGGAACGUAUAUGUAACAUUUUGGAGAAAUGCCUGGUUUCCACAAUCGUGCAUGCUUUCGAAUGGCUCAACAUCUGACGCUGAGUCCUGCUAACCGUUGACAGCGACGACCGUUACAUGUGCAUGAUAAUGUAGCGCAGGCACAGGAACAAGGCUACAUGUUAAUUAUCGAAGGUCAGUUAGAGGUCGGGGUAGGUAUAACGGCAGUUUGAAGGUACGACCGAAGAAACGCAUCAGCCCGUGUCAUCUGGGUGAAAGUGUAGUAAAUCACAGAAAUCGUUUGGUACGAGUUGGCAGGAACACUGGUGGCCGAUACGUGGAUAUAUGGCAAAAGUACGUUCCUAGAUUUUUGUUCAGAACGUCUAUCAAUUUAAUGUGGUGUGUCCAUAUGAACAAGUAUCAAUGUAACAAGUAACCUGUAGAAGAACUACAAUAAUAAAGGUUAUAGUUAGAUCUAGUAUGAUUCUGAGUAGUACAAAUCUUAAAAUAGAUGAUUCCAGUGGAAUAUUGCUACUAAAUCUAAAGUGAAGGAUAAUAGAAGUUAUAAGUAGGCUUGUCAUAAACCCCCUUCAUAACUGGUUUCCGGUAAACUGUAACUUUAAUGUGUAAUCGGUGUUUCUUUGUAUAACCAUUUACUCCUUGGUCAUUGAAGUAUCAACUGUUUAGAGUGUGUUCGCGUUCAUCACAGAAAAACACUCCAGUAGUUCAGUAGAGUUAACUGCUAAAGAUACAAUUUAGCCACUAUAGACAAAGAGCAUUAACACACUGAUUUGUGUGCAUAAUAUGAGUGUUUAUAGAAAAAAUAUAGUAUCACUGUAUAUGAAAAUACAGGUACUGUUAAAAUGCUUCCAUGUUUUUAAAUAUCCGACAGUACGUGCUUUACGGAACUAUGUUUAGUUUGUUUUCAUGUAUGCUGCUACAUAAUCAAGAUAUUGUUCUUUUUUUGGGAUGAAUCUGGUAUUAAUUACAGUGCGGUUUAACUGCAUAGCCUUGUAACUGCAUUUCACUUUCAAGUUUGCUAAAAUAUUAUGUAAUAUUUAUAUACGAUGAUAGGGGGUGAGAUUGUUUUUUAAAUAUUUUUUUAAGAGGAAUGAAGUUUUUUUUUUUUUUUACUUUCGUGUUGCUUUCAAUCUGCAUUGGCUGCUAUUUAUUAGCCUGUAUUAUCGUGGGGCAAACAGCGCGGGAAACUAGAGAACUGUACAAAAAGUUUAGAAUCAUUUAUGAUGAAUAGCUUUAGUCCAUGCGUGCUGUAGAUAGCUUUGAUCCUAGGAAUAACUUCACUUUGAGCGGACGGAGACGAGAAUGAGGUGACGUAAUGCGUUUUCUCUUCGCGUGAGGGGUCUUACUUAGCUUGUAUUUUAACAGAAUGCUCUUACUGCAUGCCAGUAUUAUCAGACUUUGGAUAUGGAAAAAUAUGUCCUAUUACCGUCUGUUCCUCUCUGGUAGUAUGAAAAAGAGAGCACACUGUUAAUGGCUAUAAUUAUUAUUUUUUAAGCACAGUGCUUAUUGCAUUCAACUUGGAGAAACAGCGACCUCUACCCAUACUAACCCAAUCUCCAUUUUCUGUAGGCUGCUCGUUUUAUGGGCGAAGUUGUGUUUUUCACAGUCGAGUGCAGGGAACGUCAAACAUCUAUUUCCUGCGUUUUUCUGACAUAGACUGUUCACAUAUUGAUAAGCACAACUAUUGUUUUUAACAGCCUUUUCCGAAAAUUAUAUUAAACAUGUCAAAAUGGUUUUUCUUUAAACGAGAACAUAUGGCAAGUCUCUAUUUUUCUAAAUUGUUUUGUAGGUUUGUACUGAUAAAGGCUCACAGGAUAAUACAACUCAAGUAUUUAGUAAUGUAGACCUACUGAAAUAAUUUCAUAGUACCUUCUUCUGAUACAAAGGUUUUUCCGUUGUUGUUUUAACUAGGUGCAAUAUCAAGUGCUGAAGCUGUGAAUUGUUUUUUCAAACAUUUUUAACUUGACGUUUCAUUAAUUUAUCCGACGCUUUUAUCCAAAGCGACAUAGAGCAGGGUGAGCUUGGUGCAAUUGGGUGACAUGGGGAGGGGAGUUUUUGGUAAAGUUUUGCAAACUUUGCGUGAUCAUCUGUGAUCAAAAGACGCCUGGGGUGGGCGGUGGGGUCAUCUUGGUAAAUUUUGCAGUGCUGCCCGCUACUGGCUUUAUUUUAUGUAUAUUUGCUGGGAUCUGAUCCCACAAACCCCUUUGCAUUGUUAGCGCAAUGUGCUACAGACGCCAUUAAUAAAUAUGUUCUUCAGUAACACAUUAAAGACAAGCAACAGCAAAAGAUUCCAGUCAGUAAUCCAGUCAAUAAUCCAGUCAGCAAUCCAGUCAUUAAUCCUGUCAGAUUAAAUAUUUCCCUUCUUUGUUUGCGAGAAUGUAUAGAAACCGUGUGAUCAUGUUCUUAGAGCUACAUGGUCACUUUAUGUGUGAAAUUUCAAUCGAGUACAUUUAACCAUGUAAAAUUCUGUUGUGUAACACGUGAAUGUUUUUAAAAUAAUUCACAACGCGUACACAUUAUAUUGCGCAUAGUUUUAUGAGACUUCAUUAUUAAAUCCUUUAGGUUCUUUUUGUUAAGAAUAAUUUUGACAUAUACUGUAAAGAAAUUACUGAUGUGCUUGACAUAAAAAAAUUGUGGAACGAAAAAGGCACAAUUUCGCAGAUUAAAACGUAGACGGUCGGCGUUACUUUACUCACUCGCUUUUAAGAAGGUCGUCUGUAACUCCAAGUAAGCUUGACCUACCAAUUCCUGAUUUUUAAAUCCAGACAUAUUCAUGUAUGUUUCCUUGAGAAACAAGUAGAAAAGGUAUUUUAACUCGUUAAAAAAGAACAAGCAGUCUAGUAAAAAUACAAUGAUAUAAGUUCUAAUGUAUACAAAAGCCUCAUUAUUUUCUGUUGUUGAGUACUUAUUAUUUGAGGUGUUUAAACAGUAGAAAACUAACGACUAAUGACAUGUUUUAUAGUUCUAUAUAGAAUCAGGAUUGCCGAAAGGUUUAUAUUUUCUUGUGUAUAUCAUGGCACAAAAUAAAGACAAUUAUGCAUUUAA